AUGAUUGUUUAUUCACUUCCACAAGAUGCAUACGGGCUAGAGGAGCUUGCAACAGAGGAGAUAUGCAAACACUAUAAUAAAGAUUUUGGAAUUGAGUGUCGUAUUGGGAGGUUCCAUAACAUAUAUGGUCCUUUUGGGACAUGGAAAGAUGGAAUUUGUCAUGUAUAUGUUGACAAGUCUGCUAAUAUUGAUAUGGCAAAGCAGAUAAUUAGGGAUGCAAAGACUGAUUAUCCUGUUGCCUGCAAUGCAAUGGAAACUCUUCUUGUACACAAGAGUUUGUCAUCUAAUGGUAGACUUAAUGAGCUUAUCCUUGAACUCCAACGUGAAGGUGUUCAAAUGUAUGGUGGACCAAAAGCCACUGCCAUGCUAAACAUUGUUGAAACGAGUUCUUUUCAUCAUAAGUAUAGCUCACUUACUUGCACAAUUGAAAUUGUUGAAGAUGUCUUCGCUGCCAUUGACCACAUAAAUAAACAUGGAAGGCAUGUUCGAGUCCUCGAAAUUAUUUUAAUUUUUGUUAUCAUUAUCACUAAUUUUAUUAAAGGUAUUUGCUGCUUUAUUUGA